AUGGGCAUCCAAAAUCGCAAGAAGAAGAAGGAUUCUAACAGCGUCGAGGAAUCCGGGGGUGACAAUUUGCCUAACGGCAGCAAUUCUUCGAAGCAUACGCAUCACAAGAGCUCUAAAUCAUCAAACAAGUCACCAAGGACUAAAAAACCUUGGAAAGAAUCGAGAAGGAUUAUUUUCACUUUGGGAGCGAUCUUAGGGCUUGCAGUAGCCAUUUAUGCGGGUGCCAUUAAGGGAAAGUCAAAUGCAAUGCUGUUUGACAGCUUUGUGAAUUUUGAGUCCCUACAGGACUACGUUGACGACUGGAAAGAAGUUUUGCCCCACAGCUUUACUUCGUUGAUCACUGACUUUCAACAGAGAAACCUUCAAUCCACGUCAUUAAAGGAUUUGACCGAAAGUUUCGCUGUGGGAAAACAGUUGCAUCGUGAGCUAAAUCUGCAUGAUAAACAUCCUGUCGUUAUGGUCCCAGGAGUGAUUUCAACGGGCAUUGAGAGCUGGGGUCUGUACGGCGAUGAGGAGUGUUCCUCAGAGCCUCAUUUCCGUAAACGACUUUGGGGGUCUUUUUACAUGCUCAAGACAAUGGUUCUCGACAAAGUGUGCUGGUUGAAACACGUUAUGUUAGAUCCGGAGACUGGAUUAGAUCCUGCAAAUUUUACCAUGCGAGCGGCGCAGGGAUUUGAGGCCUCAGAUUUCUUCAUGGCGGGCUACUGGAUAUGGAACAAGGUGCUACAAAACUUGGGGGCUAUUGGCUACGAACCGAACAAAAUGGCAACUGCAGCGUACGAUUGGCGUUUGGCAUAUUUGGAUCUCGAACGCCGAGACAGCUAUUUCUCGAAACUCAAACAAAAAGUCGAGCUUGACUACAAACUAACAGGCGAAAAGGCGGUCUUGAUCGGCCACUCGAUGGGCUCCCAGGUCAUCUUUUAUUUUUUCAAGUGGGUUGAAGCUGAGGGUCCGCUUUAUGGUAAUGGAGGUCGUGGCUGGGUCGAUAAGUACAUUGACUCAUUUGUCAACGUUGCUGGAACGUUGCUGGGGGCUCCUAAAGCCGUUCCCGCUUUGAUCAGUGGCGAAAUGAAAGACACCAUUCAACUCAACGCUUUGGCUAUGUAUGGCUUGGAAAAGUUCUUCAGUCGGAAAGAACGCCUUGAGAUGAUUCAAACCUGGGGAGGUGUGCCAUCCAUGUUGCCCAAGGGUGGUGCGUUGAUAUGGGGCGAUCGCGAAUUCUCAGUGGAAGACUCCUUGCGCAAUGGCACGCAUUCUUACGGCAAUUUUAUCCGCUUCGAACGAGACAGCGUAGAUGCAUACCAUUCAAAGGGCUACAACAUGGAAGACGCACUUGACCUUAUCAUGGACAUCUCCCCUCCCUGGCUCCAGGCGCGUGUCAGGGACCAAUAUUCCUUCGGAUAUGCUGAAUCUGAGCGCGAACUACGUGACAACGAGGGCCAUCAUUCACAUUGGACCAACCCGCUGGAAGUCCCGCUGCCCAACGCGCCCGAUCUCAAGAUCUACUGCAUGUACGGCGUCGGCAACCCGACCGAACGCGCCUACGUGUACAAGCAGGACUGGGAGCAUCCAGACCUGAACUUCACCAUCGAUUACGAGAGCAGCGAGCCUGUACUUCUCACCGAUGGCGAUGGCACCAUUCCUUUGGUGUCGCACGCCAUGUGCCAAAAAUGGGCCCAGGGUGCCAGUCCUUAUAAUCCGGGCAACUCCAGCGUCAAGAUCGUUGAGAUCAAGCACCAGCCGGAUCGCUUCGACAUCAGAGGAGGCGCUAAGAGUGCCGAGCAUGUUGACAUCCUUGGAAGUGCCGAGUUAAACGAGUACAUUUUAAAGGUUGCGGGGGGUGUUGGAGACACCAUUGAACCGCGCGAGCUUACCAACAUGAGCCAAUGGGUUAAGCAGAUGCCCUUCCCUAUGUAA